AUGUCUCAGCCGUUGCAAUUAUCGGCUACAAAAUGUCCGACAGAUGAAUUAUCACUAUUAAAUUGUGCAAUAAUUAAUGAAAAAGAUAUUGAUCCAAAACGAUUCAGACAUAUUGAAGUGAUGACUGGUGUUACAUCAAAAUUUAUAUUUACAACAAAAUCUUAUUCACAUUUACCACAAGGAAAAAUUGGAUUUAACAAUUUUCAGAGAAAAUGGGCAAGUAUCGAACUCGAACGUCCAUAUCAAAUUCGACCGUAUACAUUUGAUAAAAAUGUACAGUCUAUAGCCAUAUUAGUGCUUGAGGUCGAUUUUAUGAAUAAAAAAAAUGUAACAGCAGAUCCAUAUGAUACAGAUAAAAUGGCCGUCGAAUUUCUUCAACAAUUUACGGAUCAUGCAUUUACCGUUGGACAAUCUAUAGCAUUUCAAUUUAUGGACAAAAAACUUUUAUCAGUUAUUGUGAAAGAAAUUAAUGCUGCUGAUUUAUCGGCAGUAGCCCGUGGUCAAAAUUCAAAAGCAAAAAAAAUUGAUUUCGGUGUAACAUUACCAAAUACAACGGUUGUAUUUGAGCGAGGUGAAGCAACAGCAAUAAAUUUGAUUGGAAAAUCAAAAGGAAAAACACAAUUUGUUUCAAUUAUAAAUCCAGAUUUUGAUUUUAAAACAAUUGGUAUUGGUGGACUUGAUAAUGAAUUUAAUGCCAUAUUUCGUCGUGCAUUUGCAUCACGUGUAUUUCCACCAGAAAUUGUUUAUCAACUCGGUAUGAAACAUUGUCGAGGUAUUCUAUUGUUUGGUCCACCAGGCACAGGAAAAACUCUCAUGGCUCGACAAAUUGGUAAAAUGUUAAAUGCUCGUGAACCAAAAAUUGUCAAUGGUCCACAAAUCUUAGAUAAAUAUGUGGGUGAAUCUGAAGCAAAUAUUCGAAAGUUAUUUGCGGAGGCAGAAGAUGAAGAAAAACGAUCUGGUCCAAACAGUGGUUUACAUAUAAUUAUAUUUGAUGAAAUUGAUGCCAUUUGCAAAAGUCGUGGCUCAGUGGCUAGUGGUGCUGGAGUCCAUGAUACAGUUGUAAAUCAAUUAUUAUCAAAAAUUGAUGGUGUUGAUCAAUUAAACAAUAUUCUUAUUAUUGGUAUGACUAAUCGUCGAGAUAUGAUUGAUGAAGCAUUAUUACGUCCUGGUCGUCUAGAAGUACAGAUAGAAAUUGGUUUACCGGAUAAAAAUGGCCGAUUACAAAUAUUUAAUAUUCAUACUGCACUUAUGCGUCAAAAUAAUAAAUUAGCUGAUGAUGUUGAUUUAAAAGAAUUUAGUGAAUUGACAAGAAAUUUUAGUGGAGCAGAAAUUGAAGGUCUUGUUCGAGCAGCUAUGUCAUUUGCAAUGAAUAGACAUAUUAAAGCUGGAAAACAUGUUGAAGUUGAUCCGGAUGCAGCUGAUAAAUUGAAAAUUUGUCGAGCUGAUUUUAUGCACGCAGUCGAAAAUGAUAUUAAACCGGCAUUUGGAGUUAGUAAGGAAGAAUUUGAUUUAUAUAUCGCAAAUGGUAUAUUAAUAUGGGGUCAAGCUGUCACAGAUGUAUUAGAAGAAGGACAUUUACGUAUUAGUCAAACAAUCAAAAGUGAAAUGACACCAUUAGUAUCCAUAUUAAUUGAAGGUCCACCAAAUAGUGGUAAAACAGCAUUGGCCGCUCAUAUAGCAUUAUUAUCAAAAUUUCCAUAUUUAAAAUUUUGUACAGCUCAAACAAUGUUAGGUUAUACUGAAAUUGCAAAAUGUCAACAAUUAAAAAAAAUAUUUGAAGAUGCUCAUAAAUCAGCACUAUCAUGUGUUGUUGUUGAUGAAUUAGAAAGUUUUCUUGAAUAUGCACCAGUUGGGCCACGUUAUUCAAAUACUGUAUUACAAACAUUAAAAUUAUUAUUUAAACGUGCACCACCAAAAGGACGUAAAUUACUUAUUAUAGCAACAACUUCCUAUCGUGAUAUUCUAGAACAAUUGGGUUUAUCACAAUCAUUUAGUAAAAUCAUACAUGUAUCGAAUAUGAGUAGUGGAAAACAUGUACUUCAUGUAAUAAAUGAAAUUGAACAUACGUUUAAUGAUGAUGAAAUGAAACAUUUAGAAAAAACUCUUAAUGAUAAAAAGAUAUGGAUUGGUAUUAAAACGUUGUUGGAUUUAAUUGAAGUCGCCAGACAAGCCGAUGACAAAUAUCGUGUAGCGAGAUUUCUAGCCACACUUGAAGAAGUGGGUGGUCCAAAUCGAAGAUUGAUUCAAGUCAUGUUAAUGUUAACAGCUGCAUGUUGUUGGUUAUUCUGGUUUUGUGUCUACAUUCAUCAACUAAAUCCAUUAUUUGGACCACAAUUGAAGAGUUUAACUGCUCGAGUAUUACGUAUAUUAUGGGGUUCAGAAUUUUGA